UGGCCUGAUCUGCCUGAACUCAACCUUACUGAAAAUUUAAGAACAGGAAACAAACCAAUUUCAAUGAACAACAUAAAUUCCACCAAGAAGAGUGGUCAAAUAUCCAACCAGAAUUUUGCUGGAAGCUUCUAGAUAUUAUUGACCCGUUGCACGUGACGUCACUCUCUUCGGAACUCGGCCCGCUCCGCCAUGAUGGACGUCAAAACAACCAAUGCGCUCCUGUAAAGCCCGUCAAAAAAAUACGCACACCUGUAACCUAAUAUCACUUUUAUUGAGUUGAUUUCGCAGUAAAAAUGGUCACAAGGUGCUGCGCGGUCGGGCUUAUGGAACUCAAACCUGUCAUUUUAUUGUAUAACUUUUACCGAGGAAAGAUGGAUAGCAGCCGUUAAUCAUAAUGACUGGCAGCCCUCGGUGUAACCGCGGAUUUGCAGGAACACUUUUGACAAGAGAGUAAGAAAGAAAUGAGUGGAAGUGAGAAGCGGCCAGACGGCCGGUGAAGCUGCUUCGUCAGCCGCCCGGCCGGAUGUCAGCAUACAGCGGCGCUGGAAUAACACCUGCUGCUAUUCCAACACGCCGGGAGUGGAGGCAACCUGAGAAGAGCGGCAAACUGGAAUAGCAUCACCUGCCAGGCAUCCAAGGACAGAAACCAUGAAAGACAACAACGGUGGAUACGAGAACCAGCUAUUCAAAGAUGAGGACUUCAUGGGAGAGGAGGAAGAAAUGCCUUCAUUUAGAGGUCGUUCAAGAGUUGGCUGUGUGAGAUGCCAGCAAAGUCACUCUCUCCAGCUGGCUGUCAAAGUCCUCUAUGGUUUUGUUGCUUUCCUCAUCAUAACUGUUGCAGUUCUGGCAUCACUAGUGUUCAAAAAGGUGGACAAUUUGUCUGAAGAGGAAUCGGCACACAACAAGAAGAUUGCUAAAGUUCAAGAAGGAAUAGAGGAUCUGAGGUCUGUGUCGAACAGUUCAGACUGCCUGGAUGUCUCAUUUUACAGUGAAGAGAUCAGCAGGCUAAAGAGAGAAUUUGAAGACAUUCAGAAGAUGAUACUGGGUCAAGAGCAGUUUCUGGAUCAGGCAUCCCAAACCCAAACCACCAUAAAAGCAACAAGCAAUCAGCUAACAGUGGGAGUCCAAAACCACCUCAUGUCGCUCAAACUCCUCAACCAAUCUCUGGAGAGAUUCACCAAUCAGGUGCAGGGUUGGAAGGAGGUGAUUGAUGAAACAGAAGAAAAGAUGAAAACUUUAACGGAGGAUCAGUACGACGUAAAAGCAACGGCGCAACAAAUCAACACAACAGUAGCACUCAGCACAAUGUGGAUCGAUGCCCUCCAAAAAAAAGCAGACGAAGAGACUGCCGUCCUACAGACGUUGACGAGUAGUUUGCAGAACUACACUCGAGUUUUGAGCGCGAUCAAAUCCAACACCAGCAACACCUCCCAAAGAAUGCGCUCCCUUCAGAACACAGUCAUAAUAGACCAGCAGAAAAUGGCAAUGUUCUCGGAUGUGAUCCACGACCUCACACAACAGGUUAUGAACCUCCAGAUGCAGCUUGACAACGUGACGUCGCUAAUGGAUGAAAACGAGGAGAACAUGCAUGAUCUUCAGUAUCACUCCAGGUACUACGAGAAUCGGACCGGUGAGCGUUUCUCAGCUUUAGAUGGCCGUCUGAACUCCAUCGAGAUGGAGAUUGAAACCAUCGCCUCAAGCAUCAACGCCACGGUCAGCCACGUCCAGAGCAUGUACAAGUACAUCAACGUGGAGAGCUCCUCCUGCAAGGGUCGCCUGGGCAGACACACCGAAGACCUGCAGAACAUGAACACCACCGUUUUCUUACUUCUCAACUUGGCCAGCACUCUGAAGCAGCAGAACAUGCUGCUGAAUGUUCGGCUGGACAUGGAUGUGAGGAAUCUGUCCAUGGUGAUGGAGGAGAUGAAGCUGGUUGAUGUUUUUCACUCCAACCUCAUAAAUAAUUUCACUAUUCUUAAAGGCGCUCCUGGGCCACCUGGGGCCAAAGGAAACCGUGGUGAGACUGGCCCAAAAGGACCCAUGGGCCUUACUGGCAGUAAAGGCGACAGAGGCCCUAUAGGAGGCCGUGGAACCAUUGGCGUGAAGGGUGCACUUGGUGUUAGAGGAUCACCAGGAGAACAGGGCCCUAUUGGCAGCAGAGGGCCCCCAGGUCUAAAAGGAGCCAAGGGGUCAAUCGGUCUUCCAGGCCCCAAAGGGGAAAGGGGCCAAAAGGGGGAUUUGGGGCCCUCUGGUUCUGAUGGCAUCCCUGGAGUUGAAGGACCUCCAGGAAUCCAGGGCCAUGUAGGACUACCAGGUAUCACCGGACCUCCAGGAGCGAGAGGAAAACCUGGGCCAACAGGACCACCUGGACCACCAGGUACACCUGGACUUCCUGGCUUACCGUACAGGCAUGAGCCUCAGCAACAAACCGUGACACCUGCUGCUGGCUCCAAGAGACAGUAACUCUGAAUAAAGAGUCUGAGUGCAAUGUUUUUAUACGCACAAGCUGAGGAAUGACCAUUCUGGAACUAAAAUACUGAUUUUAAUUGAAAACACACAAGAAUUCAUUCAUUGGAUUGUGCAAAGCCAUGAAGACUAAAUAAAACAUACAGCACACUGGCUUCACAAUGGAAUUUGACAAAACGUGGUGAUGAUGAAUGGAAUAAGGAAGACCAAAGCAGCCUUCUAUGGACUCAACUAUUGAGUGAAAUUUUAUCUUAUUCUAUUUGUAUUGUAUUUGUAUUUUUCAUAUGGCACAUGUGUAUCAUCCAGAUUAACUAAAAAUUAUAAUCAUAAUAGGUCUUUAUUUCAGAAUGUACCAGAAUGAAAGAAUGUGACAUAGAGGUUUGUUAAGCCAAAAAAAAAACAACCCAAAAAACAUUUAAAAGUAGGAUGGUAACCAUGAAUUUGGAAAGAAUCAAAUUAUUUACUAUAAACAGAAAGAUGUCCAAUUUAAAGCACUUUAUUAUCUCUAAAACAUGAAACCUAAAGAGAUUUCAGAGCAGGAACUCUGAAAACAAUUAUAUUAACUUGCUGGUUUGUAAAAAAAAAAAUGAAGGAAUCACAUUCACUUUGUUUUCUUUUUUAAGAUAUAUUUUUCAUAUAUUACAGCUUGUGAGGUGACACUAACAAUAAAUAAACAAUUGGGGUUCUCAUGGAAACAUGUUAUUUGAUGCAUUUAAGAGCCAUUUUAUGUGCCAACUGAAAUUUUGGCACAUGAAAUGUGUACAAGAAAGUUUUAGGUAUUGAUAGGAAUGUACCAUGUUAUGAUCAGAUAUCUUCGCUGUGAAUUUGUUUAAUAGCUGCACAAAAUUACAUCAGAUUUCCAGAAAACAUUAAGCAUAAUUGAUAAUGUGGUCUAAAAUGUCAAACAAGGUAAACAGUAAAAGUUCAAGUUGGACACCACUGAAUAAUACGGUUUUUCUGCGUAAACUGAACAAAGAAAUGGCAGUGAAGAAUAGUGGUAUAUUGAGGAAACAGCUGAUUUUAUUUUAGGUUGAUUGUAGCGCUGGAAAGCAGAAGACGGUCAUCUUCGCUAUCGCCUGCAUUUUCACCACCGGCUCAUGUUUAGGUGACCACCACAGGCGUGGUGCGGGUCGUUUCCAACGUGUGUGUGAGUGUUUUUGUGACCACCACUGGAGCGGUAGAGGAUGCUGUUGCUGGAACCGUAGCAGAUAAACCCAGAUGGUCAGAACCACCACCGUCCACUCACCGGCUCUUCCACAGUUUUGGUGUAAUUUGCUUUGUGGGACGGUGAAAUCACGUACACCUCGGGGCAACUUGAGCACCAGUUUCUC